CCGAUACACCGUUCCUAGAUUUCCAAUCGUAGCGGCAAGAUAUCCAUCAAGCAUUCGAUUAGUUCCCAAUUUAUUGCUUUCAAUUUUCUCGAUAAUUGUUAUAGCACGUAUACCAAAACUCUGUCUAUGCUAGGCGAAUUUUUUAUUUCUAUUUUUCUUUUCCAGAUAUUUUCACACGGAAAAAUCUGAAUCUCGUCUGGAAUAUAGUCGACGAGAGACUUUCCUUUUUUUUCGAGUUUAAUGAUACGGAACCAUCUUGUAAAAGUAAAUGCCUCCAAGUUCGUGGAAAAAGUGGCGUUAUGCUCGAAUCGUCCGAGGCGAUGCAAGAGAUUCCAACUCUCGAUUUCUGUCAGUUUACUCUUGCAUCUGGUUCGAAUCCGAUUCUUUCCGUUAGCAGUUCCGUUGUUUUCGAAUCAUUUCAUCUCUCCGAUCGGAUGACAUGAUACCAUUGUUUCUCGCUUCUGUACUGUGCCGCAUAAUCGUCUUUAAAAGAGGUGAGAAUGAGCUCCACGCCACGCCGUUCCCAUCCGGCGUCUGCUCUUACUGCUGCCCCAUCGACGUGAAUCGGGACAUAGAGUAUCUUCUGUACACCAGGAGGAAUCCAAAUUGCGGAGCAACGUUGAAUAUUUCGGACCCGUAUUCGUUACGGAGGAGUAAUUUCAACGACAGAUAUCCCACCGUAAUUUUCAUCCACGGAUACAGCGAGAGCGCGACGGGAAGAAGCGCCGUGGCAAUACGUGACGUCUAUCUGAGACGAGGGGAGUACAACGUGAUUCUGGUGAACUGGGCCAAGUUGGCUGGCCUGCCGUGGUACGUGACAGCGGUUCGAAACACUAGAAUAGUCGGGCCUCAGGUCGCCCGCCUGGUCGAAUGGUUGGCCGCUCGGGGGGCCGUGUCUCUGCCCGACUUGCACGUAAUUGGUUUCAGCCUGGGGGCCGAGAUAGCUGGUUUCAUGGGGAAAGCUUUGUCCCCGCGGAAGGUGGGCAGGAUCACUGGGUUGGACGCCGCCUAUCCUCUCUACAUGAACACGGGCAACGAGGGCCACUUGGCGAGGACGGACGCCACGUUCGUGGACGUGAUCCACACGGAUGGGGGGAUCCUGGGUUUCCCAAACCCAUUGGGCCACGUCGACUUCUAUCCAAACGGUGGCAAACCCGACCAACCCGGUUGCAAUCUGGAGAACGCGUUUCAGAGAAGCUUGUCGAGAUUCAUCAAUCAGUACAUCGCGUGCGGCCAUCAUCGCGCGUGGAUGUUCUACGCCGAGUCAGUGACGAAUCCUUUCGGGUUCCCGGCCAGUCGAUGCGCGAAAUGGCGUCCGGAUAUCAGGGUGGAUUGUAGGUGGACGCCCCAAGUGUUGAUGGGUCUCGCCGUGGAUCCCAGAGCGAGAGGGAAAUUUUAUUUGAGGACGAAUGCGCAGCCACCCUUCGCGAGAAACGCGACAGGAUACGUAUGACGUUUUAAUUUUGGAUGAACCAAACUAUUGCACGUAUCUGAUAUCUUUCGGGAGGGAUACGGAUUGAAAACGGAGGAAUGAAAAAGGAAGAAGAGGCUGUGGAACGAGGAUUUUAUAACGAGGAGGAGAAAAAGUGAAAAUUGUCACGUUUUAUUAGCUCUGAAGAAAAAGGGGAAAAUUUGGCGACGAGGUUAAUGUUGUCCGCGGUGAAUUCGACUAGGAUCGCAUAGUUUCCCUCCUUUACGACGAUUGAUAGCGGGCCACCAACUUUGGGCCAACAAUUUAUUUAUAAUAGCCUUGCCUCGAAAUAUGGAAAUUCCAAGGACCAACCUCUUUCGAGCAAUAACUUUUAACAUAAGGAUAACUCGUCGGGGAUAAUUUUAUCAAGCAUUUUGAUCAACCGGGUUGAACAACGAGAAAAAGAGAAUCUGGCCGAUCUCCAAUAUUGCCUCGAGCUUAUACUUUUUCGUCAAAGAAUCGAAAAACCUGCAAUUCAAAAAAGAGGCAAGUUUUCGAAGAUGUAGGGGAGAGAAAUGCGCCAGUUUCUCGUAGAUAAAAUUAUUACGAAAAAAUCAAUCGAGCAGGAGUUUUUUCGUUUCGAGUAGAAAAUCAAAAGUUUCACGCGAAAUGUUUAUGUCAGAAAAAGAGAGAGAGAGAGAGAGAGAGAUUUCUAUGAAACUACGAGCUACGUUUUUUGUUCGUUCUUUUUUUUCCUUUAUCAAUACAAGGAGGGCGGUUUACAACAAUGGUGGACGUGCAUUUGCGCUCAGAGACAAUGCUUUUCUCCUCAUCGCCAGCUUUCUCCAUCUUCGUUUCCCAUCCAAAGUGGAUGCAGUCGUCGUUUCCACGCCCAGAAUAGGGAACCGUGUCUCGUAUUCGUCGCUACACUUUUUCGAUAAUGAAACGAUGAGGCGAACCGAAGAUAGACGUUCUCGUUACUUACGAGAACAAUUCAAUUUUUUCGAAGAAUUUAUUAUUUAAAGCGAUGAAUGAGAUAAAAAAAAAAAAAAAAAAAUUGAGAAAUCUGGAACAAAUGCCACACGCCACUCUAAAAUCCAAAUGUUUACCCGUAAGCGCAUCGAAUCAGUUGGUGUACUAUCUGGUAUUUUCGAAACGGAUCCAAAGUUCGAGUGGUUGUAGUGCUCUCGAGAAGUCGAUAAAACCUAGAGAAGAGAGAGAGAGAGAGAGAGGGGGUGAGACUUUUGUAAGUAAAGUUACGUGAUCUAAAAACGAUCAUAUUGCGAAAUUCGUGAGAUUUAACGUUAAACGUUAAAUAAAGAAAGAAAGGAUCCUCGCGCAAAAAACCGAAUGAUCGAAAGGAAUCCAAUCGAACUCGGGACUGGGUGUAUCUCCUUCGAGGUUUAUCUCUCGAGGAUGCACUUUAGAUGAAUCGUAAAAGACUGCAUAAAUGCGAUAGAAAUGCAAUUUCGUGGA